GUUUUGCAAGCAACACAGUGGUUAGUUAAAGAUACACCAUGAAGCUUUGGGGAGCACUGACCAUUUUAAUCCGGAUGUUUUUGGGAAUGGCCAUCGCCUUACCCACUUUUCACCCCGGCUUCAGACACAUACCCUAUGGCAUGGAUGAGUUUUGGCCCCUUAUUGGGGGAAAGCACACCGACGUGAUGCCACUGUCCAAAAACCUCACGCAAAUACAACGCCUCUACUGGGCCGACAAAUGUAUGGAGUUCAGGCAUAAGUGCAAAAUGGCAGAACACUGCUGCAGCCAAAGAUGCCUGAAACGUAUUCAACGCUGCAUAACUUAAGUAAUACAAAUAAUAAGCAACUCUCUUAUACUUUAUUUAUAAAUAAAUGUAAAUUGAAAGUUGAAAAUAUA